GUGUAUAUAUAUAAUUCUUAUCUCUCACCGUCUUCCUCAUAUUUCCCUGUCUCUGAAACUCUCUUAAGGACGAAACAAAGGCAAAAGGUUCGAGCGAAAUGGCGACGAAGAACAACAUAGUCGAUGAUGUCUUAUCCACUCAACAAGAAGAGUCUGCCUCUGGUGCAAACAAAUACCGUGGACUUGUGCUAAAGAAAAAGCCUCUUAUCUCGCAGGAUCCUAAACGUACUUGGUUUGAUUCUGCAGACUGGGCUUUACACAAGCAAGAAGCAAGCCCAGAUAAAAGAAGAAUAGCGGCAAUUGAGAAUUUGAAACCCAAAUAUUUUCAGAGAACACCUAGCAAGGAACUUCCCCCUACCUGUGCCUUUGCAUAUGGACAAAAGAAUCAGACAGAUUCGAGCGUUUAGGGUGCAACGCAAAAAGGGUUUGACGUGGAAAUGGAACGUGAUUCGUUUGGUGUGAGCCUACUCACGUGUUUCAUGUUUCCAUAAAAGCUCUUAUGCAGUUGUUAUGUUUUGGCUGAUCUUGGUUAUAAAUGUUUAUCGUUUCAAUAAAUGAUGCAGACAUUGACAUUUGUUGCUGCUUCUUUAUUUUCUUUCUCUUUAAUAUCUAAACCUUGGUGGGGUUUAGUUUUAUUUAAACAAAAACAUUCAUAACUUCAAAUUUGGUGAACUUUGACUUUAAACAAAGAAAAUUAUUGUCGAGCA